AUGCGUAAAGCAGUGAAUCGCAAGCUGCGUCGCAUUUACGCGAAUGAAGACUUCAAUAGUGCGGCUACGUUGAACGGGGUACUGGAAGUACCAUUGUGUGCCGGCUCAGGCAGUGACGUCAACAUUAUUUCGAUGGAGAUGCUGGAAGCACUCCAGGUGACGGACACGAAAGUCCUGUCGGUCAAACUGUUGGAAUCCUGGAAAGGGUUUGCUGUGGAAAGCACUCCCAUCUACUCCAACCAAGUGGUCAAGAUUCGAAUCCGACUACAGACUCGGCGGUCGUCAAUCUAUCUGGCAUUUAGCCAUGCUACGUGA